UGUUUUUGCUGGUGAUGGAUAUAAUCUGUAUGACCUUCAGAGGAAAAAGGUAUAAAACCAAAAUAGGAUUGCCAAAUCCUUGUGCACCAGUGGAAGUUUGGUUUCUGCAGCUCCUAGAUCUCAAGGUGGAAAAUGGCAACUUUGAACGAAAAGAAGACCUGCAGCCAGAGAAUGGAAAAUUUCCAGCGUUUUGUAUGGAAUCCAGACACAGGGCAGUUAAUGGGAAGAACUUUGAUUAACUGGGUAUGGAUUAGUCUUUAUUAUGUUGCAUUCUAUGUGGUAAUCAUUGGACUAUUUGCACUUUCUAUCUAUUCUUUAAUGAAGACAAUUAAUCCUUAUACACCAGACUAUCAAGAUCGAUUAAAAUCACCAGGAGUGACAUUACGACCAGAUGUAUAUGGAGAAAAAGGAUUGGAAAUUUAUUAUAACAUUUCUCAGCAGUCUUCCUGGGAUGGUUAUGUUCUAACACUUCAGAAAUUUCUUUCAGCAUACAAUGAAACUAUGCAAGAAAGCCACAAAAAUUGUAGUCAGGAAAAUUAUUUCUACCAAAAGACAUUUGAUGCUCCAAAUAAUGAAAAAUAUUCUUGCAAAUUUACAAAAGAUAUGCUUGAAAACUGCUCUGGUUUGACGGAUUCCACUUUUGGUUUUCCUGAAGGAAGUCCAUGCUUAAUAAUAAAGAUGAACAGAAUUAUCAAUUUUCUCCCUGGCAACGGGACUGCACCAAAAGUGAAUUGCACAACUCUAGAUGACAGCCCACUUGAAGUAGCAUAUUAUCCUGCAAAUGGAACUUUUAGCCUUCACUACUUCCCUUACUAUGGACUCAAGGCACAGCCUACCUAUACUAAUCCAUUGGUAGCAGUGAAACUUCUCAACAUUUCUUUAAACAAAGAAGUACACAUAGUAUGCAGAGUUAUCGGCACUGGAAUUACUUCAGAUAAUCCACAUGAUCCAUAUGAAGGAAAAGUAGAAUUCAAAAUUCGGAUACAAAAUUAAUCAAGGUUUAUAAAAACUGCACAAAGAAUUUAUGUAUUAUGUAGUUUUGUAUGACAAUCAAUUGUAUAAAGUUUUUUUUCAUUAUCUAGUAUGCUUUAUUAGAAAUGUUUAUUGGAUUUUUCCACACCCCUGAGAAUACCAAACAUAUUCCUGGUUUACUGCAUAUUUGGCAAUGGGAUAUGAUUCCACUGAAUGUGUGUAAAGUUAUGUAAUAAACAGCUAUUUAUAUACUGAAAAAUAUUAAAACAUAAUAAAUUAUUUCUGGAAUUCAUAUAAUAAAUU